CAUGACGAAUACAAUACACAUUGUGCUACUCGUCGUGUCAUCGAAUGAGGUUCAGAUGGGCCAGCCCAUACGCUUGAUCAGCAGAACACUGCGUGGUCGAUUCGACGAUGUCCCCUGGCUCGGAUUGUUGAAGAUCAUCCUGAUUGUCACAACUUUCAACGUCAACCAGAUGCUUGUAUUAUUACUCGUAGUACAUAUGAGAUCUCAAUGACUCUCUCCUAUGCUUGGGCGGGCGUUUUGUCCCGCCGUGACGUCGCAUGCAGGUGCGGGAGGUCCUGAUGCUGCGCCUCUUCCGGCACAGCAACAGCGGACGAGUCUUGUUGUGCAUCCUUCACCCUGCAAUACGCCAGAAGUUUUGAUCAAAUUUUCAAGACUCGGCGAUGCCAGCACUUCUAAGUAAAUGGCGGAAAAAGCCAGUGUGUGCUUCCACGCGUUGGGAAGAACUCCGGCAUCUGCAGGCCGAAGAUGCCGACGGCGACCAAAACGGACCAAAGACCCUAUACUUGCAACUACACGAACUAGUUCUGCCGAUCGAAACGGCAAAGUUAGGUGAGAAUGAUUUGUUUUCACCGACAGGAUGCCACUGGGGGAGCGUCGUCAUCACCUGCGAUCAAUCACAGAUCUCUUGCGAUCUCGCGCUCUACCGAACCUCGCAUUCGUUACGCCCGCAGUGGGUUUGCAAGCAACCGCUGCAGGAGUUCGAGGUGUUCCGUCCGGUACAUCAGGUUCAAAUAUCUUUCAACCUCAACCUGAAAGGCUCGAAUACCUUUUCGCUGAAUAUAUCAGUGCCCCUGGGGGAUGUUCCAGUGUUUCAAGAUCUGGAGUCUAGACUCGAAAGCGCUCGACUUGACUCGCAAUGGUACGACGUCCCCGGCAACAGCGGUGCCAAGGUUGCGGUUGGAUUCGCGUUCUGUGAGAGAUCCGAGCGAGAGGAUUUCUAUGAUGCCAGACUUUGUUGUCCUUGGAGAGUGACCCACAAGUACAUUGGCCCAGGACAGAUGGAGACCGUGCAGAAGUACGCAAUUCAAUACUUGACGAACAUCCCCGCGAAUACACACUCUGAGCGCAAACCAUUUCCCGUAUUUGCUUACGAUAUGCCUGUUGCUGCAUUCUAUGAGAAUAUUGUUUUACACGGGCGAGACUCUAUACUUUCGCCAUUUGUUGGCGGAGGGCAAUUGUUCUACUAUCUGCAGCAAGAGCGGCAAUUUAGUGUCGACAAAUCAAGGAUCUAUAUUGCAGAGCUCAUGCACGCACUGGAAGGGUUGUCCAACCACGGCUUUCCUGGAUACGACGUCCGUCCUACAAAAGUCAUGCUCGACAGCUUGGGACAUGUGAAGAUAUGCGACUUCAGAUUGUAUGGGUAUCGUCAAGAUGCCGUCGACACCAAUCUUGAAUAUUGGCAGCAGAGUAGAUACCUUACUCCCGAAAGUUCUGUGGAUCCCACACCCAAUGAAGCAACGGCCGCUUGGUCGAUAGGGGCGGCUCUAUUCGAAAUGCUUUACGGUCUACCACCAUUCUAUGACGAAGACGUUGACACUUAUAUAUCUCGAAUACGCUCGACCCGCCCACUCGUAAUUCCCAGUCGCCCUGAGAUUCCAUCAAGUGCCGCAACACUUCUGCUCCAACUACUCGAAAAGAACCCAGCAGCACGACUCGGAGCGUCAGGUCUGUUGGACAUCAGAUCCCAUGACUUCUUCAUUGGCGUUGAUUGGACUGACAUUGCGUCGAGAGAACGCAUCGCUGCAUUUGUGCCACCUGUAAACCCCCCAUGGAUUGCGAAGCAGGUUCGGCCAGAACCAGAUAUCUGGAGAUGGAGCUGGACCGACAAGGACGGCAUCGUACAUAAACGCGCGUUUGAUUUCGGAAAGUUGGCACGGAGGCUUAAAUCAAAGCGUGAGCCGCCGGAUUGGGAACUGCUGAAACCUCGAUCCCGCCGAGCUCUCAAGACCGUCGAGCUUGGCUGGGCCGUCUUUCAAUGCGACUUUGCCGCAACGCUGCGUCUCCUGUCCCAAGGCGUACAAUGCGAUUUCGAAGAGGGUGAUCGUCCAGGCUACCCGAGGAAUCCCGAUAACGCCCAGAUCUUCUACGACCCGACUUUCGCGCGAGAAUUCAUUCCACCCUUAGUUUAUGCUGUACGAGGCCUCAACGAGGCAAUGGUCAUGCUUCUUCUUGCUCAUGGCGCCAAUCCUAAUGUUGGUUUCCACGAGUUGGAUUCAGCGGACCUCUACUACUCACAUAACAACGAGGUCUCAUGUGGCAGAGUUGUUCAUCUUGCAGCCGGCCUGGGACUCAUGGACAUCACGCGGCGUCUGAUCAUCGCUGGAGCAGACAUCUAUCGUGCACAACCCGUAGCAGCGCAUCAUCUCUGUGCUGGAGUCCAUCGAAUCAAAUGGCACCAGGUGAUACAACGCUCAGCGGAUGCUGCAGGGACAACGGCGGAAAUUUCGGACUGAGGGUUUCGUUCUAUAUUGUAGACUCGCUCAAGUAUAUACCAGUGCACCAAUCUCGAAAGGCUGUAGUCGCCCGGUGAGCAAACGACCCCUUGUCGCACCUUGAAUCGAAAAAUAGAAGAAA